CAGAAAAAAGUAUGACGGCAACUGGCAAACUUCUUGUUUGUCAUAUUUACACUGCAUAUUUUGAUAAAUUCAUUUAAUUUCACAAUAGAAUGUAAUUGUUAUGUUAUUUCUGUUGUCAGACAAGAACCAAUCUACAUUAGAAACUGCCUUAUAUUAUCUGUGGUUCACUGGACAUGAAAAGCUGGAAUGAGGUUAGAUUAGACAAACAGACAUACUGCCAUCUGCUGUACAGAACUAUACUUGCACGCGAAACAUGGAUGCUUCUAAGGCCAAUGAAUUGUUUACUUUGAGUCACUGAUCAUAUUCCCCUCUGUGAACUAAAGGUAUUUCUGUUCCUGAAAUCAAAUCCUACUGUUCAAGUGCAGUAAAAGAGGCUGACCCAAACAUCAUUACUGCUCUCAUCAUUAAAAGGACUGCACAAAGAAACUUUGCUCACCUGUGAACACAUCUACUGUUCAGGAUGGCUCUGCAAGAAGCCAUACUUUUAGGAUUUAUUAUUGUAUUCUCAGGACAAAUCUACUCUGUGUUUACAACUCAAAAUGUGUGUAAGACGUAUGGCAGCGGAGUCUUUGAGACCUUCAAUAAAACUGUGCUUCACCUGAAGUCCACUUGCUCUGUAACUCUCACCCACUUCACACAUGCUGGGGUGGACUGUCACAUUAUUAUCCAGCGUGGACAGAAUGGCCUCAUGAACAGAGUGGAGAUAAUCAUAAAUAAAGUUGUGACUCAAAUUUAUAACAACACGCUUACAGUGGAGGGUAGUAGAAUUUCACUUCCAUAUGAACACACUUAUCAGCACGUCUUUCAAUAUGGAAUCUAUACCAAAUUCAGGAGCAAAGUUUUGCCAUUGUCUGUAACCUGGUACAGUGUUUCAGAUGGCAUCAGUUCUCUCUGGGUGCAACUAGACCAGGAUUUACAACAAGAUUUGACUGGACUUUGUGGGCACCAGAACAGUUCAGAAACUCUGCAGCAGUUGAUAUCCGACAGUCUUCUCUCUGAUGGACAAUGCCUGACUCAAGACUCUGUUGGGCAGACAAACACAGUUUGUAGAGAUGUUUUGUCCCACGCUUUUGAAUGUCUCGGCACUAAAUAUCGAACAUACCUGAAUUUGUGCUAUAAAAACAUGUAUGGCUUGCAGCAUCGAGAAGCAAACUGCUCAUUUUUUAAAGAGCUCUCGAUUAUGUGUGGAAGCUCUAGUCCCCUGUGGACAAUGUGGAGGACAAAAAGCAACUGCUCCCAACCUAUUUGCCCUGGAGACCUGCACUAUAUGGAGAUGGGUCCUGCUUUCCCUCCAACCUGCAGCAACCCACAGCCUUACCAAGAACUCACCAGCACCUGUCAGCCUCCAGACGGGAAAGUCCUGAAUGAUCGUGUUGACACAUACUAUUCCAUAAAUGUGGAAGACUGUCCAUGUGUGCAUGGAAAGACAAUAUAUUCAGCAGGACAGAGACGCAUGACUAAGUGCCAAACAUGUACGUGUGUAAGAGGCAAAUGGGUAUGCUCUGCAAACACAUGUCCACCCAAGUGUAUAAUUGAGGGCCAGUUAAUAACUACAUUUGAUGGCAAGCAGUAUUCUCUGCUAGACAGGUGCACCUACGUGGCUGCGAGGGGACUUAACUGGACAUUGAACAUUCAGUUUUCUGGGCGUGAUGUUGUCAUAGAAAAGGCAUAUCUUAAUAUCAAUCAGGAGAGAUAUAUCUUCUCUGCAAACAAUGUGCAACUCAACAACAUAGAAAUCAAUGACCUGUCACAGACUGAAUAUGCCACAGUGUUCUGGCAGUCUUCAAUGUUCAUUCAAGUUCAGACUUCAUUUGGCCUAAAGAUGCAAAUUCAAGUUUCUCCAGAAAUUCAAAUAUAUUUAUAUUUGCCACCAACUGAAACAACAAAAGGACUUUGUGGAACCUAUAAUAAUGACACAAGUGAUGACUUCACCACUUUCAGUGGCAUCAUAGAAAGUUCAGUUCAACUUUUCGCCCAGUCCUGGUCAAUGGAUACUUGUGCCCCAAUACCUGGAUGCAUCAACACUGACAAUGAGAUAUUUGCUGAGGAGAGCUGCGAUCAGCUGAAAGAUCCGAAUGGAGUAUUUGCAGUUUGUCAUGAUUACGUACCCGUUUCAUCUUUUGUCGAGGCUUGUGUACAAAAAACAUGCCAGUGCUCGAAAGCAUUGGAGGAGUGUGUGUGCGUCUCUUUUGGCAACUACGCCAAAGCCUGUGUGACUCAGGGAAUCACUGUUCAGGAAUGGAGGUCCGGAACAAACUGCCUUCCUUCAUGCCUGGGCAACUUGGUAUUCGGAUACAGCACAGCGGCAUGUAACCACACCUGCCGUUCCCUCUCGGGCCCUGAUCCUACCUGUGAUGUGGCGGAUGACCCUGUGGAGGGAUGUGGAUGCACAGAAGACACUCACCUGAACAACCGACACACCUGUAGCCCUCGCCCUCUUUGCAACUGUUACCAUCCAGGUGGUGUCACACUGCCGGGUCCAGUGGUUAUUGGUGGACGCCAAUGCAUGUGCGAAAAUGGACAACUUCACUGUCCCGAAGAGUGUGAUUGCCCAGUAGGGAAGAUUUGUGUGCACUGCUCACAAAUACCUGUGAACACAGCUCAUAAGACCUGUGAAAGCUUGACCAAGCCACUAACUGAAGAUUAUACCUGUAUCAGUGGUUGUUUUUGUCCAGAAGGCUUUUUUGAAGAUCAUAAGGGUGGUUGUGUGACCCAAGAAAACUGCACUUGUGAAUUCAGUGGAACGGUGUAUGAAACCGGGCAGAGUGUGGAGGCAAACUGUAAAUUAUGUACCUGUAGAGGAGGUGAGUGGUCUUGUAUCGAUGAACCAUGUUCAGGAGUGUGUGAAGUGUUUGGGAAUGGGCAAUACCGCACAUUUGACUCCAAAUGGUACCGUUUUGAUGGCCAUUGUCAGUACACACUAGCCAAGGAUGCUGAUCCUAGUGGACAUGGCCAGUUUUCAAUCAAAACUGAGAGUGUUCCAUGCUGUGACGAGUCUCUGACGUGUUCUCGAGCAAUCUCAGUGGAGCUACUGGGUGAGGUGACUUUACUGCUAAGUGAUAUGAAGGUCACUGAAACAACCCAGCCAUGGGGUACCCAGGGUUUGCUGGCAGAGCCCCUGUACUCCAUCCACACUGUUGGUAUGUACAUCAUCAUCUCAGUACCCACACUGGGCCUGACCGUAAUUUGGGACAAACACACCAGGGUCACAAUCCAGCUGGAGUCUCAAUGGAGAGGAAGAGUGUUGGGUCUUUGUGGGAACUUUGAUGGAAAGGUGACAAACGACCUUCUGACUAGCAGUGCCUCUGAAGUUUUCAGUGUGGUUGAUUUCGGAAACAGUUGGAAGACGCCAGCCCCGCCUUGCUCUGAUGUGAUCACAGAAAUGUUUCCCUGUGAACGGCACUCCUACUGUGCAGCUUGGGCUCAAAGACGCUGUAUGAUUCUAAGAUCUGACACCUUUAAAGAUUGCCAUCUGAAGGUAGAUCCAGAGCCUUACUACCAGGCCUGUGUUUUGGAAUCAUGUUCUUGUGAGUUUGAGGGAAAGUUCCUCGGUUUCUGUACUGCUGUUGCAGCGUAUGCAGAGGCCUGCAGUGCAAAGGACAUCUGUAUAAACUGGAGAACACCAGACUUGUGUCCGGUCUAUUGUGACUAUUACAAUGAAGCAGACGAGUGCACCUGGCAUUACAAUUCCUGUGGUCAAGUUAAGACCUGUGGUACUAAUAACCUCUUCAUAGGAAAGCUUGAAGGCUGCUAUCCAAGGUGCCCUGUGGAGACACCAUAUUAUGAUAAGAACAUGGCUAAAUGUUCCACCUCGGACAACUGCACUUGUAACUUCAUGAACAGGGUGUGGUCCCCUAAAGAAGAAAUGUGUAGUCCGUAUAUGUGCUGCAAAUGCAUUGAGGGAAACAUCGUCUGCACACCAACAUCUACAACUACACAUACAACCACAACUUACACAUCCACAGCUCUGCCAUCUACAACAACAAUGAACAAAACAACAACAACAAAGCUUCCAACAAAAGUAUAUAAUAAUACAAGAGGAAAUAUAACCCCAACAGAACUACCAACAUUUGGAAAAACAACAGCUACAACGCAACCACCACCAACAACAGAGAAGACAACAAAACACACAACUACAACACAACCACUGAUUUCAGAAAGUACAACAAAACACACAACCACAACACAACCCCAAACGUCAGAGAGAACAACCAAAUAUACCACAUUAACAACUGUAAGGCCUACAGAAUCCUAUACAACUCAAGUGGAACACACAACCACAACACAGCCACCGUCCUCUGAGAGAACAACAAAACACACAACUUCAACAACUGAGAGUACCACAGAACCAUAUACAACACAGCCACCAUCUUCAGUAAAGACAACUGAAUCAUAUUCUACUCCAAUGUAUCACACAACCACAACACAACCACCAACCUCAGAGAGGACAACUGAAUACACAACCUCAACAACUAAGACAACCGGAUUCACAACCUCAACAACUGAGGGAAAUACUGAAUUUACAGAAUAUACAACGCAACCACCGAUUUCAGAAAGUACAACAAAACACACAACCACAACAAAGGCACGAACAUCUGAGAGGACAACAGACCACACAACCUCAACAACUGAGAAGACAACAGAAUCAUAUACAACUCCAACAGAACACACAACCACAACACAAGCACCAAAUACAGAGACUACAACCGAAUCAUAUUCAACACCAAUGAAAUACACAACCACAACACAAUCACCAACCACUGAGAGAACAACAGACCACACAACCUCAACAACUGAGAAAACAACAGAAUCAUAUACAACUCCAACAGAGCACUCAACCACAACACAACCACCAACCUCUGAGAGCCCAACACAAUACACAACCUCAACAACUAAGACAGAUACUACACCCAAAUCCUCUUUAACGCCAAUGAAACAGACAACCACAACACAGCUACCAACCUCUGAGAAAACAACAGACUACACAACCUUAACAACUGAGAAGACAACAGAAUCAUAUACAACUCCAACAGAGCACUCAACCACAACACAACCACCAACCUCUGAGAGACCAACAGAAUACACAACCUCAACAACUAAGACAACCGGAUUCACAACCUCAACAACUGAGGGAAAUACUGAAUUUACAGAAUAUACAACGCAACCACCGAUUUCAGAAAGUACAACAAAACACACAACCACAACAAAGGCACCAACAUCUGAGAGGACAACAGACCACACAACCUCAACAACUGAGAAGACAACAGAAUCAUAUACAACUCCGAUAGAGCACUCAACCACAACACAACCACCAACUUCAGAGACUACACACAAAUCCUCUUCAACUCUAAUGAAACACACAACCACAACACAGCCACCAAUCUCUGAGAAAAUAACAGAAUACACAACCUUAACAUCCAAGAGGACAACAGAACCAUACACAACACAACCACCAUCUUCAGUAAAGACAACCAAAUCAUAUUCUACUCCAAUGGACCACACAACCACAACACAACCACCUUACACAGAGAUGACAACAGGGUCAUAUACAACUCCAAUAGAGAACACAACCACAACACAACCACCAUCUUCAGUGAGAACAACAGAAUCAUAUUCAACUACAACCCUACCAACUACAAUGGAACACACAACUACAACUCAACAACCAACUGCUACCACAGAAAAAUCCACAACCUUUGUACAAACACCUACAACUACCACACAGACAUCAACUCCAGUCAACCCUACAAAGAAUUACACAACAAUAACUCAACCAACAACUGAAAUAGUUACAACCAAAGUGAAAUACACAACUCCAGUGACAACCACAACAGGAAUUACAAUUAUAACUGGCCCAACUACAUCCAAAAAUACAGUAGGCUCACAAGUUAAAACAAUGAUUACAACGUCAUCCACCACGAAAGUAAUGCCUCCUAUUGUAUUUGAGUGCAGAAAUGAAAUGCAAAACCAAAGCUGGCCAAAUGGAGCUACUUGGAGAGAGGAUUGUACUGAUAAAGUCUGUAGGUCUGGAGUGAUUGAGGUAAAACCAAUUACCUGUCCAACACCUGAGAUAAGGACUGACUGCCCUAGAGACAAGAAGAGUCUGGUUAAGGAUAAAGACACUUGUUGUGAAAGCUGGCAGUGUGAUUGCCAGUGUCAGCUUUAUGGAGAUCCUCACUACAUUUCAUUCCAAGGCAUCCCAUUUGACUUUAUGGACAAUUGCACUUACACCCUAGUGGAGGAAAAAGUACCCAUUCACCAUUUAAGCAUUGCUGUAGACAACUACUUCUGCGAGCCAGAUAUUGAUGCUUCUUGUUCCAGAGGCAUCAUAUUAAAGUAUUGGAAUGACACAAUCACACUUAUGAUUACAGAGGAGUUCAUGGUGGAGUCUACUUUGAACCAGGAGAUCAUUAAACCACCAUAUGAAAAUGAGAUGUUUAAGUUUGAAAGCAGUGGUAUGGAGGUCUCCAUCUACAUCAAACCUAUUCGUUCAUAUGUUUCUCUUACACCAUUCAAUACUCUGUUAAUCAACCUGGCAUCAGAGCACUUUCUCAACAACACUCAAGGACAGUGUGGUGUUUGUGGUGGGCAGUCAUGUAUACGCAGAAAUGGCGUGGUUGAAGAUGACAGCUGUUGUGAUAAGACUGCGUACGACUGGGUCAUAGAAGACCCUCAGAAAUUCUACUGCAAAUCUCCACUGAGAAAUAUCUCUUGUAUUUCUCCCCCACCAAUCCCACCUCCACCUCCCUGCAGUGCUCCAAUAUGUGACCUCCUUCACCAUGCGGUGUUUGAAGAAUGCAGUAAAAUUACUGAUCUCCUAUCAGUGGAGAAGAAUUGCAGGUUCGACUACUGCUCAUCCAUGUCUACUGUUGCUGCCUGUUCUUCUCUGGAGUACGCAGCAUCAGCAUGCAAAAUGAUUGGUAUCUGUGUUGACUGGAGAUAUCUCACCAAUGGUUCUUGCGAGGUCAAUUGUCCUAAAGGAAUGAUUUAUGAUGAGUGUCGACAGUAUCCAAACAGCGUUUGUCAAGGCGGCAUUCCUGUGCCUGCAACAUCAUUGGUUGGGGUGGGAUCAGGCUGCUUUUGUCCAGACGACCAGAUGCUAGCUGAGGAACACAAACAAAUAUGUGUGUCUGAAUGCACUAAGUGUAAAGGACCAUUGGGUGAGCCUAUGCCGGUGGGGUCCGUAUGGGAAUCAAACUGUCACAUAUGCACCUGUAAUAACCAAACCAAAACCGAAGAGUGCCAUCCUAAGCCUCCAACAGCUUCUCCCAUAUGCAGCGCUUACUCCAUACUGGUCUCUGACUGCUGUAACAAUCAGAUCUGUGUCGAGAGUUCUUGUGAGUACAAUGGAAACACUUACAAGGUUGGUGACCGGUGGACAGACCCUUUACGUCCAUGCGAGUCUUUCAGCUGUAGCCAGACAGGGACAGAGAUUGAGAGAACUGUGUGUCCACAGCAGACCUGUGCUGAGGACUUGCGCAUAUGGGAUGAGCACCAUUGCUGCUAUUCAUGCAACACUACUUGUGCUGUCAGGCUGACCAGAAUUAACCUCACGUUUGCUGGCUGCUCACAGGAGGCUGAGCUGCCCAGCUGUGAGGGCCAAUGUGAGACACAAAACAGGUGGGUUCAGUCCAACACGACAUUACAGCUUGAACAGGGUCAUCAAAGCUGUAAGGAAAGCACUUAUGAAAUGAGAGAAAUCAUGGUGACGUGCAAUAAAAGUACCCCCGCACACUUCACAUAUAAACACGUCAUGAGCUGCGAAUGCACGUCUGAAAUUUAAAUCGUCAGGAAGCUUAAAAUAACACAACAAUGCAUGAAGUUGCUGAAUAAUGUUACAUGUGAUUAGCUUAUGCGUGAUUAUGUUUAAAUGUUUAUGUACGAUUAGCUACUAAUGUGUUGUAUAAUUUAGCUAGCAUGUCAGGCCAACAAUCUGUUCUUUUUAAUAGUAACUCAAAAAUCUGGUCUAAGUGCUGAUUUGACCAGCAAUUUAAAUAAGGCGAUCAAUGCUUUUCUGUCAUUUCUACAUUUAAUUCCGUUUUUUAUAUUUUAUGUUUAAUGAAAUCAAUUUUAUUGAUUGUUAGGCAUCUUUCUGGCAGUUUUUGCCAAAAUCAAUGUUUUUUUUUUUUUUGCAAAAUGACAACCACAUGUUUUCAAAUAAAUAUAACCAGAUUGCAAAUAUGUG